AUGAACUCUUGUGCUUUAUACCACUGUGCUCUGCACACCCUGAGUCUGGCAGUGCUUGUUGCUGGAAAUGUCCACCCAGAAUGUGAUUUUAUGACAGAGCUGAAAAAAAAUGAGGCUGAAUGUCUGGAGGACCCACAAGAGCGUGGAAAUGCAACAUCAGCAGGUUGCAAGAGAACUUGGGACAAAUUACUGUGCUGGCCAGAGGCAGAUGCUGGAGAGACUCUUGCCUUACCAUGCCCAAACAUCAUCCUUCACUUCAUGAAGGAGCCAGCUGGGAUAGUAAAAAGGAACUGCACAAGGAAAGGCUGGUCUGACCCGUUCCCUCCCUACCACGUCGCCUGUCCAGUAGAAGAUGAGAUUCCCCUUGAAGAACAAUCCUACUUUUCUACUAUAAGGAUCAUCUACACUGUAGGAUACAGCGUGUCCAUCACCUCACUCAUCAUUGCUGUGACAGUUCUUAUUGCAUUCAGGAGGCUUCGCUGUCCCAGGAAUUAUAUCCAUGUGCAGCUCUUUUUCACGUUUAUCUUGAAAGCUAUUGCUAUUUUCAUUAAGGAUGCUGUCCUUUUCCAGGAGGAAGGCAUUGAUCACUGCAGCUUCUCUACAGUAAGCACAUGA